GCCACGUUCGGGUUUCGGUCAUGGCACGCUGUUCUUGCGUCCGUCAGUUUAAGCGCACCGGUCGUGGCAGGCGCUGGCACGGUUUUCCUCGCUCCUCGCGCGUUUCCUCAAGCGGUUUUCGCAAGUUUUUUUUUCACCCGAUUCGACCACCCUUCAACGCAGUGUUCGGGAUUUUCCGCGCAAAGUUUAUUUAUCAGUGUUCUUGGUGCUCUUGGUGAUAGAUAUUUUAUCGGAAAAGUUUUUGGUGGAUAAUUGAAAUUUUCUUCGGCGAUGACAAGUGGAACUUGAGCGGCACGGUGUUUCGCCACCAGAUUCACGUUGUGUGAUGUUUUUUAGUAACAGACGAGGUGCUAUGGAAUUUUUAUUUCAUGUGAACGUCGGACCACCUUCAUGCUUCUGAAGUCUUUUCAAUUGGCGCACGUAAUGUGGCCAGAAUGGGACUGGGGGCGGCCGUUUCCCCUGCCUCCUGCAGUGCAGUGCCUGGCGCAACUUCUCUACACGGGCUUCCACCGUUUCCUAGCAAGAUUCUCAGAUGCCUGUUCGUCGCGUACAACUCCGAAACCGCGGCCGCCGGUGCCCACGGUGCGGCCGAACAUCACAUUCCACACGUACCAAUGUCCGCCGGACUACGCGGCCUGGUACUGCCUGAACGACGCCAAGUGCUUCACCGUCAAAAUCGGCAACACGCUGCUUUACAACUGCGAGUGUGCCGAGGGCUAUAUGGGCCAAAGAUCAUCCCAACGGAAGUUCAUGCUGGAGACGGCGAGCAUAGCGGGCGGCGCCAGCAUCGCCGUCUUCCUGGUGGUGAUCCUGUGCGUGGUCGUGUGGCUGCACGUCAAGCGGCGCACGAAGUCGAAGCGGGGGACGGCGGGCGCCGACAGCGUGGACGGCGGCGCGGCGCCCGCCCCCGCGCACGCGCCCACCUUCGGCACGCGGUGGCGGACCGCGCCGCCGCCCGCGCCGCCUCACGAGGUCUCCAUCAGGAUGCAGCAGGACCGGGGCGACGUCAAGAGCCUGCGGAGCAGCAAGGUGGAGCUGCACCAGGUGACGGCGUUCACGUCGCCCGCCUUCGAGCCCUAGUGCGCGAGUCGUGCAACGAGUAGCUAGCGAAUUUUCGAACGGUGCGAGUGAACAAAAAUGACUCUUUUAAUUUUGGCCCAAGUGCGGCAAUCAAGGGGACAUUUCACUGACAAACAUCAAAAAAUAAGGAGUUAUGCGAAAUUCCUACAAUACACCCAAUAUUUUAUUAACAAGAUAAAAUGGUACAUGUAAAAAACCCGAAUUACAAACAACGCACGAAAAACUACUAUACAAGGCAAUAAACCAAUCACAACAUGGCAUUUUCCACCGCACACUACGUGCGAUGAAGAAUACCGUGCCCUGAUUGGUUUAUUGCUUUCUAUAGAUUAUUUUCUAUAGAAAGUUGUCGCCUAUUUCAAGAAACACCCCCUGGAGGUUGUAAUACUACGAUUAAAAAAACCUUCAUAAUAAAAAACAUUUUACCGAAAAUUUUACUGGAAAAAAAUGUUAAAUCUAAAAAAUCCUGUAUUACAACCUGACACGGUGAGUUGAACAAUAUGCGACUUUUCUUUCUAUAGAAAA